UUCAUUUAUUCUCAUCCAAUCAAACUUAUCGAUCGAAUAAUAUUAAUUCUCAAGAUGAUUUUAAAAAGCUUGCUAGCGCAGCCCCUUUGGGACUAAAAUGUGGAACUCACAUAUAUCCCUUCGGCUUACUAAAAUAAUUCAAAAUAAUUCAUCCGAAAAAUCUACCCUGAUUUCUAAAACCUAUAAUUAGAUCAUUGCCUAUUUGCACUUAUGUCUGUAAUUGAGUAUUAAUUGUUAGCUCGUACAUUUAACAAGAGCAGAGACUGGUUGUUAUGAUCUGUAAUGGUACCCUAAGCUAGUUACUAUGGUCUGUAAUGGUACCCUAAACUAGUUAGGAUGGUCUGUAAUGGUACCCUAAACUAGUUACUAUGGUCAAUUAGUCAAGCUGCUAAUUAGUACAAUUUUAAACUCAUUAAUGUCUGUAAUGGGGAGGGGGGGUGGGAAGCCGCAAAAACCUCGCCUUUAAACUUACACUCACCAUUUUCUUCGAAAAUAUAUGUGAGUUCCACAAAAUUAUUGGUACGAUCAUCAUCCUCAUCAAUUAAUAUUAUCGUCAACUACCAAUGAUACAUCAUGUACUUGUGAAACAUGUCUUAUUAUUCAAUUAAAUAAUCCUUGGUCAUUGCAAGAUGCAGUAGGAUAUUUACUCAAUCAAUGGUUAGAUAAACGAUACACUUGUUCGUCUUUCGAUAUUGGCCUUGAUCCGACAUUAUUCCAUCGAAAUUCAAAUGAAACUGAACAUCGAAACAUAGUGGCAACAUAUGCUGCCAAUGAUUGUCUAGCAAUUCAUCAAAUAUUAGUUCAUACGAACGUACUUAAUAAUGAACAACAAACACGUGAAUCAUCACAACAACCAGAAUUAAAUGUUGAUCCUGUACAUGAACUUGAAAUAAUAAUAUCGAAUGAUUUAACUCCAAAAAAUCAACAUACAUCACAACAACAAUCUAAUCAAGCAACGUCAGUUACAACAGUAUUAAUGCAAACACAAAUAACAACAUAA